AUGAAAUCUCUUCUCAUCACAGGCCUGUUCUCAGCCCUCCUGGCAACCGCUCAACUCACCGGCCCAGUCGGUCCCCUCACAGCCCUCUCCCAAAAGACCCACGAGUGCAACAUUCUCGACUAUGGCGCUGUCGACGACAACUCCACUGAUAUCGCAGAUGCCAUCGAGAAGACCUUCAAGACCUGCGUUCUCCCGCAUGCUGGAAGCCGUCUGAUCGUCCCUGAUGGCCAGUAUCUGAUCAAACGCUCAGUGGUCCUGUCAAACGGAACGAACUGGGCGUUCCAACUGGAUGGGCUUAUCACCCUCGCCUAUGGCGGUAACUGGACUGUUGAUCGUAAGUUGGUAUUGCAGGGCUUUGCGGGUGUUGAGCUGCUGAACGCGACUAUCAAUGGUGAAGGUGAUGGGCAAUUCUUGCAGAAUGGACUCACCAUUAUAAACCCCGUCGACUUUGAGUUUUAUUCACAGAAUGGAAAGGGUGCCAUUCAAGGACAGGGCUAUAUCUACAGGAACUUGGCAAAUACUUUCCGUCCCCGUCUUGUCAGAAUUAUUUCACCGAUUAACACUUCAGUUCACGACCUCAUUCUCGUCGACAGCCCAAAGUUUCACAUCGUCUUUGACUUUGCUGAGAACCUUGAGGUAUAUCACCUCACCAUCCGAGGGGCCAACUUAGGUUCCUAUGAUGGUGUUGACGUGGUGGGCACGAACUAUUGGAUCCACGACAUCGAGGUUACAAACCGAGACGAAUGCGUGUCGGUGAAGAGCCCUUCCAGCCAUGCUCUUAUCGAGAAUUUGGUUUGUAACCAAGCUGGUUCCGGUAUCUCGAUCGGUAGUCUCAACGUGUCGGCAUCCAUCGCUAAUAUCCAUGCACGGAACAUCAACAUUAUCCAGGGAAACAACAUUGCUUUCAUAAAGACUUAUCCUGGCGGCUCUGGCCACGUCACUAAUAUCACCUUUGAGAAUUUCCGAUCCAAGGCUUCUCUUUAUGGCUUGGAUAUCAACCAGUAUUGGCAAAACACGUUUGAACCUGAUACCAGAGCUGUAGCGCUAAGUAACCUUGUUUUCAAGAACUUCUCUGGAUCUGUCGCUGAUGGUUCCAAAAGGCCUCCCCUCUUCUUGGUAGCCAAUGAUCUAUCAUUCGCCACCAACGUCACGGUUCAAGACUUUAGCAUUUGGACCGAGUCUGGAACUUCAGUCAUCAACAAGAUCAGCAACAUCUUUGGCCACGGCGAUAAUUCUUAUGGACAGGCGAAUGGUAUCAAAUCGCUUUCGUCUGGCCAGGCACCGACCGCGUACACCAGCACGUACACUGUCACCGCUACACCUACUGGCUGGACAGCUCCGUCAUUCCCUACGUGGGCUGUGGCAAGCACUGGUUAUGGAACUGAUGUACCUAUUCCGGUCUACACGCCAGCUGCACUAUGGAAGCCGAGUGGUGACUAUGAUAAACAUUACUGGGGAAGCUUUUGA